AUGAUUAUUCUCCAAGCAACCUCUCUUCUCCUGACAGCUGUCACUCUCCACUAUGCCUUUGUCAGCGCACUCCCAACAUCAACUCCAGUUUCCCGAUCCCCAGUACCCAGCACCUCGUCUUGUCAGAGGACCGAGGUGGCCUGCAUCAUUGACGGCAAGCAAGCCUGCUGUCCAGAGAAUGAAAUUCCCCUGGGCCCAUUAUCCCCGGUCAGUGGAGGGGACGGAGAGGGGGAAGAAGGCAGUGACUCCCAAUCAGAUUGCGAUGGUAUAACCCAAUGGCACGAAUCCAAGCCCGAAAGGAAGGUGUGCAAAGCCGGCGAGAAAGGGAAGCUCUACAGGCCCGAGAUGAAAACCAUGGUCAAUGGCCAACUCGUCACCAAUGUCGGGGACAAUCUCGCCUUAUCCAAGAAGGAUUCGUCCAGGCAAGAUCAGCAAAUGACCUUCCGCCCCCCCGAGGGGGCUAAGGGCUGCGCCAUCAAUUGGAGCGUGGCUGCUGCACGCAGCUUCAGCGUAAAGGGCAAUGGUUACGCCAAGCUCACCCCCGUUGGAUCGAAGGACAGCGUUGGUGCCGCGGAUUUCACCAACUGGCCUCAGGUUAUUGGCAUGCAAGAUCACGUUGUUGUUCCAAGGCAGGAUUGCAAGGAGGAGAUGCAAUAUACAGUGGCUUUGCAGGAGGACGGUGAGGUAUCGCUUAAGCAAAGUAAAGAUAACGGAUUUUACAUGGAAUAUAUUUGUUAA